CAACGAUAGUUCGUGGGUUCUGCUGGCACCUUGAAAAUUUCAUUGCAGCAAUAACCUUGUUCACAUGUCUUACGUAUAAAAGUCUUGCAGUAGAGUAAAAAAAAUAUCAGUAACAUCUGUUGGUCUGUAUAUAUAUAUCUGCAGCGGAUGUUUUUUACACCAGCCUGAUAUUUUUUUAAUUCUAUUUUCGGACGACAUAAUUUUUAUUGUCAUCAUAGAAAUAGACUGUCUUUUUUUUACACACAAGUGUCUUGAUUUAUACUGACUAGUGUAUUUAACUCCAGUACACACCACUAUUUUACAAUCACCAGUGUCAAUUAAUAUUUUAAUUAAUCUACAAUAUUUACCAAGACAUAUCCUCAUAUUUGCUACCACCGAGCAUCAGCACAUUUUGAUGAUAAAUUGAGACAACUACUGUCCUGGACUUUGGCACAGAAGUUUGAGAUCGAAGAUCGAGAGUAACAGAAUAUAAAUUAUUCGACUGAGUAAUUUUUUUGGUGCAAAGUCGAGUAAUUUUUCGGAGUAAUGGCGGAUAUUGAUGAUAACACUGAUAGCAUGAGCAGCAAUAGCAACAAUGCUGGCACGUGUGUCGUUUGUUACAAAAAUGUUGAAAUAUACAGCAUUGGUAUGUGCGAGCAUCCUGUUUGUUAUGAGUGCAGUACGCGAAUGCGAGUCCUGUGCCGGCAAAACGAGUGUCCGAUCUGUCGACAAGACUUGCCAAAAGUGGUCUUCACCAGGGUAAUAAAACCCUUCCGUCAUCUGAGGAAAGGUAAAUUAUUUGACGAGCGCUAUCAUAUUUACUUUGAUGACUUGGAGAUACAAGAGGAGUUCACAAAGCUAUUGGCGCACGUGUGCUCUUAUUGCGAGGGCAAAGAAGUCUUCAGUUCGUUCAACAGUCUUAAAGACCACAUGAGAAGAAAACACGAGCUCCAUUACUGCGAUCUUUGUGUUGAAAAUCUUAAGAUUUUUUCAUUUGAACGGCGCUGUUACUCCCGCGCAGACUUGGCCCAGCACAGGAGAAAAGGUGACAGAGAUGAUAAAAGCCACAAGGGACAUCCACUAUGUGAAUUUUGUGACUGCAGAUAUAUGGACAAUGACGAAUUAUUCCGUCACUUGAGACGAGAUCACUUGUUUUGUCACUUCUGUGACGCCGAUGGCCUGCACCAGUACUACAGCUCUUACCAUUAUCUUCGCGAGCAUUUCCGUCAGGAGCAUUAUCUCUGCGAAGAGGGAACGUGUGCUGCUGAACAGUUUACUAGUGUAUUUCGCACUGACAUUGAUUUGAAAGCUCACAAAGCAACGGCACAUGGAAAACAUCUGGGCAAGCAUGCAGCCAAGCAAGCACGUACUUUGGAGCUCGAGUUUGCAUUCGCGCCAAGAGAAAACCGCAACGGACGGAUGGCUAGAUCGAUGGGAGCGGGCUCGAGGAACUACAACAGCGAUAAUAGAAUGGGCUCCAAUUCACGCGAUGCUCGAGACCGGGACAAUCAAGUUGAGGAUAAUCAUGUGUCGUUCGAAGACGAACUUCCCGUCGCUCGUCAGCCAGAUGUCCAGAGUACCCAAGAGUUUCCUUCGCUGGGAAAUUCACAGACAGUUAUACCGAAUUUUAAUCUGAUGAAGACUAAAGGCCGCGGAAAUCUGACGAUAAGGAGUUCGCUUAAAGGACCAGCACUCGCGGUGACGGAUGAAAAUUUCCCGGCACUCGGUCCUGAUGCUGCUGGUGGCAAUAGUAGUAGUAGUAGUAAUAAUAAUAGUAAAACUGUUAAUUUAAGUGUUUAUAGCAAUAAAACAAGUGCUGGUGGAGUACAACAACGUCCGAAAAGCGCUGCGCCUAAUGUGUCCAUCCGUGUUAAUCAUAAUACCAACGGUAGCAUAACCACACGUGUUUCCGGUCCAAAUAUAAGGAUAAGACCAAGUAACUUAUCUAUGGACUCGAAAGAGUUUCCUGCAUUGGGUCGCGCUGAGCCUACCACUGCCAAUACAUCAAAUAUAGGCCAGUGGACCAAAGUAACUUGCACUAAGCCAACGAUAUCAAGUGCACGUGCUAACAAAGUCGCACCUGCUCCGCUGCUUAAUUCUAACACGCCUUCACCGCCGCCGAUGUCUAACUGCGACGCUUUUCCCAGCUUGCCAAAAUCAGCUCGCACUAAAAAACAAUCCGCUUCGCCUGCGUCAUCAUCAUCACCAGCAGCAGCAUCGUCAUCAUCAAAGAGCACGUUUUCUUCGACCUGGAACCGUCAAAUUGGCGAGUGCUCAGAUCAAAAUACAGGCGACGCGGCUAAAAAUAAUUCAAAGAAGAAAAAAAAGAAGAAAGUUAAACAAACUGACAACGAAUCAAGUGCUCAAUUGUCGAAUGAUAAAGUUAUUGACAACCAAUUUGAAUCUUUUAGUUUAAAUAAUAAAAAUGAUACCAAUAAUGAUUCUCACAAAAGUGAUAAGAAGAAAAUGAUUAAAGAUACCGCGAUUAGUAAUAAAUCUUCUGUUUCUUCUCCGUCAAAUUCCUCUUCAGCGUCAGCAUCCUUGGGUUCGACUCUUAAGAAAAUAAACGACGCGCCUAGAAAACGUUCAGAAUUACAAAUUGAAAAUUUAAAUAAAACAACCAAUGAAUUGCACAUUGCUGAUGACUUUACAGAGUACGACGACAAUUCGACCAAAGGAUUCAAAUCAAAUCCACCGCCGGGAUUCGGUACGACAGCACCACCCCCUCCAGGAUUCGCAGUUAAAUUAAUAAACCGCGAAUCCGAUAAUAAUGACAACGGCCUGACCUUUACCAACAGCUCUGGCGAGAGUUAUUCUAUUUUACCAGACAAGUCAACAAAAUUAUUUACCUACACUCCGCCGCCGGACUUUCAGAAGCGAAACCAAGACCUCGUCGCCAGAAUUACCAAAGUCCUUGACCAGGAGUCUAUAGAAGAGUUUCGUUAUAUCAGCGGGUUAUUCAGACAAGAUCUGUGCAGCGCCGAGGACUACUACAAGCACUGCAGCGACUCCAUGGGCGUCAAGGAGUUCGGAAGUGUCUUCUCGGAGAUGCUGGUCCUGCUGCCCGAUAUCCAGAAGCAACGGCAGCUCUACGACGUCCACAAAAGCGAAGGCGGGAAUAUUAUUCUAUUGGAAAUAUGUCCGACGUGCGACCAAGUUGUCAAAAUUGGAACAGACGCCAAAGCUCAUUACUCCAACCAUUCAUUAGACAGCCACUUCCCAGCGCUGGGUCGCGGCAGCGGUAGUCCUCUGACCUCCAACUCCUGGAGAAAAAAUACAUGAUGGUUUUUUUUCUUUAUACUUUGGCAAA